ACCUGGUUCCUGGGCAGGUGAGGCUUACAGGUCAAAUUUGGGAAUUACAAUUUUCAAGCUUGAUUUCCAUUACAUAUCCACCUUCAUUUCCGGAGGAAGAAGGGGAAGUGCCUAAUGAAUAAAGGUAGUUCAAGCAAGCUCCAGAUUCCACCACGACUUAGAAAGCGCAGGGUCGUUGUUUACAAAGGGGAGGAGCAGGCAGCUGGGCGGCAGGAGCUGAGGUGAUGGGUCCUUCCCGGUGCGGGAUGGAAAGACAGACGGGUAGAAUACAGACACAAGUGCUACUGAAAUGCAAAUCUCUAUGUAUCUGGAAAAGGUCUGGUACUGUACUGGAAGACCCGGCCAGCAACCAUCAUGCGGAGUCUCAUCUGCACACCCUAACCCUCAGGGAGGUACUCGCGUUACUCAAGACUUAAGGGCCAAUCAGAGCCUUGAGGUGGACCUGCCAGUCAGAAAAGGAGGCGGGAUCUUCCGGGUGCCUUGCGGCAGCUUCAGCUCUGUAGCGGAGCGGGCUGGAAAAGUUCUGAUUGUUUUUCUCUAAGCGCUGCUGCUGGGUGCUGUGAGGGAAGCUCUAGCAAAUUGCUAAUUCGCGACAUGAAUGGAAUGACCUAUGAUGAUGUGCAUGUAAACUUCACUGGCGAAGAGUGGGCUUUGCUCAGUCCUUCCCAGAAGAGGCUCUACAAGGAUGUAAUGCUGGAAACCUACAGAAACCUCACUGCUAUAGGUUGCAGUUGGGAAAACCGUAAUAUUGAAGAAUAUUUUCAACGUUCUAGAAGAUAUGGAAGGCAUGAAAGAAGUCAUACUGGAGAAAAACCUUCUGUAUAUACUCAAUGUAAUAAAGCAUUUGCAUAUCAGAGUCAUCCUCAAAGACAUCAUCGCAUUCAUACUGGAGAGAAACCCUAUGAAGGUAUUCAACAUGAUAAAGCCUUUGCACAUCACAAUCAUCUUCCAAGGCGUGAAAGAAUUCAUGCUGGAGAGAAACCUUAUAAAUGCAAUCAGUGUGGUAAAUCCUUUGCACACUGUAGUUACCUUCGAAAGCAUAAAAGAAUACAUAGUGGAGAGAAACCCCAUGAAUGUAAUCAAUGUGGUAAAGCUUUUGCAUGUCACAGUAAUCUCCGAAUACAUAAAAGAACACAUACUGGAGAGAAACCCUAUGAAUGUAACCAGUGUGGUCAAGCCUUUGCAUGUCAAGGAAAUCUCCGAUUACAUGAAAGAACACAUACUGGAGAGAAACCCUAUGAAUGCAAUCAAUGUGGUCAAGCCUUUGCAUCUCACAGUCAUCUCCAAAUACAUAAAAGAACACAUACUGGAGAGAAGCCCUACAAAUGUAAUCAAUGUGAUAAAGCCUUUUCACAAGGUAGUUCACUACAAAUACAUAAAAGAACACAUACUAAAGAGAAACCCUAUGAAUGUAAUCAAUGUGGUAAAGCCUAUAUAUGUCACAGUAGUCUCCGAAUACAUAAAAGAACACAUACUGGAGAGAAACCCUAUGAAUGUAAUCAAUGUGGUAAAGCCUUUGCAAGUCACAGUACUCUCCGUAUACAUAAAAGGACACAUACAGCAGAGAAACCCUAUGAAUGUAAUCAAUGUGGUAAAGCCUUUACCCGGCACAAUAGUCUCCAAAUACAUAAAAGAACACAUACUGGAGAGAAACCCUACAAAUGUGAUGAAUGUGAUAAAGCCUUUGCACAACAAGGUCAUCUCAGAAUACAUAAAAGAACACAUACUGGAGAGAAACCUUAUAAAUGUAGUCAGUGUGAUAAAGCUUUUGCACGUCAUAGUCAUCUUCAAAUUCAUGAAAGAAUUCAUACUGGAGAGAAACCUUACAGAUGUAAUCAAUGUAAUAAAGCCUUUGCACAAUAUGGUAGUCUUCAAAUACAUAAAAGCACACAUACUGCUGAAAAGCCCUACAAAUGUAAUGAAUGUGGUAAAACUUUUUCACAACUCAGUUAUCUCAAAAUACAUAAAAGAACACAUAAUAGAGAGAAACCCUAUAAAUAAACAAUGUGGUAAAGCCUUUUUGUGUAAUCUUAGAAAUCAAGAGCCAAUUCAUACUGCAGAGAAACCUUAUAAAUGUAGUCAGUGUGGUAGUUUUGUACUUCAUGGUAUCAUUAUACAAGAGUAAAACCUUUGGUAUUAUCAAUCUAUUAAAGCCUUUGCAUAUCACAGUAGUUUUGAGUGGUGAUAAAACUCACACUGAAGGGAUUGUAUGACUAUAAAGAAUUUGGUAAGAUAUUUAGCCAAUACAUUUCCAUUAAGUUACAGAUCAUUUAUCCAGGGGAAUAGAUUUGACUAGUGUCACCAACAUCUUCAGGCAUUAUUAUAUCCCUGUUUAUUAUGCCCUGAUGACCUGGAAGAAAUAUACGAUUGACUGCAUCAGAAGUAUCUGAAGCCUUGGCACUUUAAAGAAAUUUCAGAGUCCCAAAUCUCUACAGAAUGAAGAAGAGUGAAAAGAAAGAUCAGGAGAGAAACUGACAAGUCUUAAAAAGUGGCUGAGCACUUGACCAAUGCCACAAGACAGUUUAUCUCAAAUGUGGUAAAAAGACAGCAAUGGGAGCAAGCCCACAAGGAAACUUUGUACAUUGUAUGCCUGCUGGAGUUGAUGUCCCGCAUAAGGAGAGAAAGAAAUACGCAGGGGUGAAGACUGGCUUGUUAGAUCAGGAUCGUAUUCUGCUUCUCUGAAGCCUGUAAAAUUCUGUUAGGAGGACACCUGGACUCCCAAGACUCAACAGGAGUCAGUCACUCUAAGACUGGAGCAAUCAUGUCUUUGCAAAGAGCUGUGUGAGGUAUGGAUGAACUAUGAGGGCAAGAGCUUUGGAUUGGAAAGCCAAAGGACCAAAUGACUAGAGGGCAACGCUCAGGGUGUACCUGAGGACAAGCUGGCUCCUACUGUGCUCUCUGCAUUCACUUAGCUGUCAUGGGUCAGCCCCUCCAGGUCUUCCACUCUUUCCUUAUUCUUGGCAACUACAAUGUAGCUGUCAGUAAGAGCACUGUGCUCCUUCCCUGGCAGACCCCACCCAUUCAUUAAUCCUUGUAACCUGCUUCCCUGGAAGACUAAGGAUAUUCUAAAGAGAUAUUUCUUUUCCUUUGGCUAACAAUUAGUGAACCGGUGGGCUGCAUGAAAUUCAAAUUUCCUGGGUAAUCACAUUCUGGGUAAGAUUGAGUCCUCCAUCGAAGAAGGCUUUUGCUGAAGAAACAUUUGCACAUUGCAGGAGUCAGAGGAGCUAAGAAUGGGGUAUGGUUUGAGGGAUGGCUGGAAAAUUCUUAUACUGCUUGGAUGGAUUACUUAGCAUCUAUCUCUUUCCUUCCACCUAAAUAUGUCAUUACCCCCAGUGAUUGAAUAGUUUGCUUCUAUCUUUGUCACUAUUCCAGUUUAGUUGCACUCAAUAAAUUUGUUUCUAAUUUUAUGAC